AUGGCAACAAACCCACAGUAUAUCAAAUACCAAGACUACUAUAUAGUAAAAAAAUCAUUUGAUUAUACACCAACAGACGAAUUUAAUAUUAGUUUUGUAAACGCUUUAAUAAAAGACAUACGUAAUACACCAACAAAGGAGAAACUGUUAUAUAAGACCUUUUAUGAGUUAAAGAAGUUUGUCAAACGUCACCAUUGUUUCAUGUAUUAUGAUAAAGAGAACUGUUAUAAAUAUAUUAACUACUGGUUAAAUAAAACAAUAAGAGAUUCAAAUUAUAAUAUAACUAAAGAAAACUUCAAAGUUUUUUAUGAUUUUAAGAAUUAUGACCCUGACGAUAAUGCAGAUUUGUUUGAUUCCAUAUCGAAAUUAAGAUAUAUGGACACUGAUUCAUUUCAAAAAAUGGAAAAAUUAUAUGGUUUAUACGAUUAUUUCACAGAACAAAAAGAGAGUCAUGAUUCUUCAUCAUUAUGUAGAAACAUUAGUAAGAUAGCUGAGAAGUAUAAAAGUAUGAUGCAGGAAUAUAAGGAGAAGGACCAUAAAUUAUGUGAAGUGUUAACAAAUCUAAAAGACAUAAUCGAAAGUGAUAAAUUAGUAGCUAAAAACAUAUGUACAAAGAACACAUCUGAUUUAUUUUAUUUAAAAAUAGAUCCACCUCGUGAAGAACAAAAGGCGGUAUCAGCACAUGCACAACGUAGAAUCUCUGGAGAAGCACGUCCCCCAAAACACAUUUCAUUUUCUUCACCACAUGCACAUGGUAGACCCCCUGUAGAAACACGUCCCCCAAACCCCGUUUCAGUUUCUUCACCACAAGCACAUGGUAGACCCCCUGGAGAAACACAUACCCCACCCCUCGUUACAGUUCCUUCAUCACAUGCACAUGAUAGAAACACUGUACAAACAUCUACCCCAACUCCUGUUUCAGAAUAUUCAUCACAAGCAAAAGGAUUGGAAAAACAAGCGGGGGGAGAGAGUGAACGAACAUCAUCAGUACUCCCAAAACGAUUUCCACUACCAGUACCAGUAGUACUAUCAGAAUCAACAGAAACAGAAGAAGAAACAGGACCAAUGGGACCAUACAGAAUAUCAGGACAAGAGCCAGAACCAGAACCAGAAUUAGAGUUACCACAAGAACAAGGACGACGCAUUGAUACAUUAACAGAUUCAUAUUAUUUUAGAGAAGACGAAGGUGAUCUACGAGCAGGUUCAAUGCAGUCCACAUUUGACACAGGAACGAUCAUGGGAACAAUAAAAGAUGCCGUUUCUAACGUUUUAGAAGCCGUUGAACCGGUGCCUGUUCUUGGUGUAUCCGGUGCUAUUGGUGCACUAUAUUUACUAUUUAAGUAUACCCCAAUUGGAUCUCUCUUUAGAAGAAAUAGAAGGAACAACCAAAAUAUCCCUAAUUUUUUCGAUCCAGAAUACGGGGAACAAUUUUCAGGUUAUUAUCCGCAGUAUUAUAAUGAAGGUUUUCCAAAUUAUCGAAUGAAUAUAGCUUAUCAUCCUUCGUCAGAAGAACUAGACUAA